GCAGCCAACAUGUUCGGCCUCAAGUUCACCCUGACGUCCCUCCUCGUCAGCGCUUCCCUUGUCAGCACCGCCGCGGCUCAGGCAGCGUACCUUUCACACCCCUAUGUCAAGUACUGCGAUGGAGUCGACCUGGGAGGACCUUGCGAAGUGAUCUCGGAGGCAGAAAUUGGGAGAUGCUACAGUAUUCCCUCACACAUGAACGACAAGCUCAGCAGUUAUGUGGUCGAGAACGGCGAAUGCGAGUUUUACAGACACGCCAACUGCCAGGAAAGGCUCUGGACGGCCAGAGACCGCUCUCACAUGAGCGUCACGACCUCAGGCCACAACAAUGCGGUCUCAUCCAUCAAGUGCACAAAGGGCUGCUGCAACCAGAAAUAUUUUGACCGAUGCUACAUUCCGUGCAGUAUGGGGUGCAGAGGUAAUGCCAUCGACCCGUGGUGCAACUACAACUGCUCCAAGGACUGCUGCCCUAGUGGCGAUUACUGCUAA